GAUUCAUAGAUAACCUUUAUAUAAAAUCUCAACAAGAAUUACAAUCCAAUAAAGAAAACAAGAAUUACAAAGAAAAAGGAAUUUUCAAUUACCUAAAUACCCCUUAUGAACAUACAAUGACAAGUUGACAACAUCAUUUUUCGAGGAGGAUAACCAUGUAAAUUAACAAAGGAUAAGCUUUUAUGAAAACGGGGUCGUUUGGGUAAGUAAAUUAAAUAAAGAAGAAAACAUCACAUUAUCUUCAUCCUCCUCUUGUUAGAAUUACACAGAGACAAUACCAGCGUUUCCAGUCUUCCUCUUCUACACUCGAAUCAAAAUCUUCUUCUUUGUCGUCGUGCUUCUGGAUAUUUCCGAUUAUGCUGCAGCGGGGCGGAGGCGGAUGGUAGAAGCAGCUGACGUAAUCCGAAACCCGGGCGAUUUUCCAGCACCGACGCGUUGCUGUUGGAUUUGGGGACGGCAGCUCCGCUGGUUUCCCUCGCAUUAUCCGACCUCUUUUGACGGUUCUGAAGCUUUUCAGGCGACGUCGACACAGAUAUUGACCGGAUUCUGCUUAUGCUUCUUCGGUUUCUUCCUCUUCUUCGGUGGCGGCAGUUCUUCUCGCUAUGCUUCAAUCUCCUGCACCGGAGGAUAAGUCAGCCUCCGACUAGACGGAGAGGUUGACGCAGCUGAUGCCGACCACGGCUUCUCCACGCAACUGACACCGGAGGAGGUGAAGGUGCUCACGUCCUGAUUUAACCAAGCAAGGCAGAAAGAUAUUACCCGGUUACCCCCUUGUUUUUACCUUUCACUCACCGAUUCUUAAGUUUCAAAAAAACGUUAACGGAAAAUGCUGAAGUUAGUCAGAUCUUAGUACACACUAAAAUAAGUGAUUGUAAUUCUGCCACGUCACUACGAUGAAUUUUCACCGAGUGAAUGGAAGAAUUUUCUCUUACCAUAUAUGAAAAUAGAGGUGUCCUAUAUAUGCGUUGCGGACAAAACUCUCCUCUCUAGUCCAAAACUCAAAACUGCGUUGCUUCCAGUUAUGUUCUCCAAUUCCGAUUCGUUUUUCAGAGAAUUUUGACGACCCAGAGCGAUACCAAAAAACAAAAAAAAAAAUACCUUUAUCUCCCCAACACACACUCACACUAGGUCCCUCGAAUUCUCACAGCAGCAGACCCUCUCUCCUUUCCCUCAGGGAGGUACAGGGCUCUGCGUUCGAGAUCCGAUCUCAGGCCCUAUUAGCAUUUGAUUUUUGAUCUCUCAUGCUCUGAGAGAGAAUGGGCAUUCUGUUCACGAAAAUGUUCUCUUCCCUCUUUGGGAACAAGGAGGCUCGGAUCCUUGUCCUUGGGUUGGACAAUGCUGGCAAAACCACUAUUCUCUAUCGGCUUCAGAUGGGGGAGGUUGUUUCCACAAUUCCAACGAUUGGAUUCAAUGUUGAGACAGUGCAGUACAACAAUAUCAAAUUCCAAGUCUGGGAUCUUGGUGGACAGACAAGUAUCAGGCCAUAUUGGAGAUGCUAUUUUCCAAAUACUCAAGCCAUAAUCUAUGUUGUUGACUCUAGCGACACCGACAGGCUAGUAAUAGCUAAAGAGGAGUUUCAUGCUAUCUUGGAGGAUCUUCCUGGUGCACUUGAUGAUGCUGCAAUAACUGAGGCCUUAGAGUUGCACAAGAUAAAAAACCGUCAAUGGUCUAUCUUUAAAACUUCUGCCAUAAAAGGCGAAGGUCUUUUUGAGGGUUUAGACUGGCUGAGUAACACACUGAAGUCUGGAGGUGGCUAAUUCAUUAGUAUUGGAAAUCCAAAGCUUGCUUCUGCAAAGCCAACUCAGAAUUUGGGAGGAAAGGCGUUGUGAUAGGAGAUUUCAUCAAGACACAAAAAUACAGUUAUGUCAGUUGACCUUCUCCAUUUUUUUUUUCCGUUGCCAUUUUGGAUUAAACAACUGAUAUACAAAUCAAACUUUUCAUCGUAGAUUUUAUUAAGUAUGAAAAUUAGGUUGUUAUAUUUGUACUUCGCACCUUUUGCUGUUUGCUAGUUUUUGUGCUGUUUGUAUAAUGCUAGAAACACAGGGUUCACUUCCCUGUAGUGUUAUGAUGUAUUUCUUCGCUGGACAUGGAAAGUUGUUAUGUUUCUCAUUUUCGUGCUUGAUUUAUUCAGUUAGGUCAGUGAACUCUGUUUCACCAUUAUUUGUGGUAUAUCAUGGUGCUGUUCUAUAAUUUGUAAUAGAGAAAGUAUAAUUUUCUAGUGAUUGAUGAAUGUUUACCCG